UAUUACUGUAGCCUCGCCCUUCUCCUACACAAGCCGGCUCCAGCAAUGGCGCGUCUCAGCCCGCAUACAGCAGCAUUGCUUUUGGGCAGCCUUGCAGCCGCCCUGCGACCCACCCGCCGCACAUGGCUCGCCGGCGGCGCAGCAGCCGUCGCACCGUUGAUUUCGACAGCAGCCGACGCCGCGCCAGCGACGACGAAAAUAGGAAGAGGCAUGCGCGCCGUCGGCACGCCCAACAAGGAGCUGGAUCUUGAUGCCGCAUUAGGUAUCAGCUGGGGCGGCGCUUCUAGAUGUGAUGCUGCCGACCCAAAUUGCGUUACGGAUGGAGGCACGGGCGAAUUCGCCACGGCGCAGCCCGUGCCCCAACCAGCGGGCCGGUUCGGCGGCGUCGCGACGCUGCGUAUUAGUAUAGCCGGCAACGACGAGGGGCUGCUCAGAGUAGGACUCUAUUCUGAAACUCCCGUCGCCGCGGAGACCUUCGCUUUGUUAGCUCAGGGCGCCUACAAAGAUACUCCGGAAACAACACCAGCGGGCUUGGACGGCACGACCUGGAAAGUAGAAAAACCCUUCGUCUUUCUCGCGCAGUCCGCGUCGUCCCAGGAACUGGCCUACCGCCGGCGGACCGGUUCUAGAAAAACACCAGCGGACUUCCGGGCGGCGACGCCGCAAAAGAUCAAAUCGGAGGCGCCAUCAAUGCCGCUGCCCGCCGGCGCUUUGUCUGUAGCGAAGAGCGGCCCGGGCCCGGACCUGGAUUUCGCGCUGUCGUUCGCGCCCUCCGACGGCAAGGGCAGGUAUGCGGUCGGUGCACUACUCGACGACGCGUCCAUGAAGCUGCUUGCGCGGCUUGGGUCGCUGCCCGUCGUCUCGUCACGAGCAGCAUUGGGGGGCAAGGCGGGCCAGCCCCUCGUGAAAGUCGUUGUAGUGGACGCGAGCUUUGAUAACACAUAA